GGUAACCUGGCUAGUGGUAGAGGCGCUCCCCCGGUUCUGUGGCUCGCGCUUUGGUACUAGGGACCGAGACGGUUCUGGCGACGGCGACCUUUACGGCGACGGGUGAGAUUCUCGAAAGAGUAGCGGAGGACGGUCCGGAGGAGGGGCUUCUAGUUAACGCAGGUUCUGUCAUAAUGAAUGGAUCCAGUGUGGCGAAUACAGCACCCAAUAUAAAAUCCAAAGAGGACCAGGUGUUAAAUGGGCAUGAUGAGAAGGAAAACCCAUUCGCAGAGUACAUGUGGAUGGAGAAUGAAGAGGAUUUCAACAGACAGGUGGAGGAGGAGCUGCAGGAGCAAGAAUUCUUGGACCGCUGCUUUCAGGAGAUGCUGGACGAGGAAGACCAAGACUGGUUUAUUCCAUCACGAGACCUGCCUCAGGCCAUGGGACAGUUGCAGCAACAGUUGAAUGGACUGUCAGUCAGUGAUGGUCAUGCUUCUGAAGAUAUUUUGAGCAAAAGUAACCUGAAUCCGGACGCCAAGGAAUUUGUACCAGGAGUGAAGUACUGAGCUGACAGAAAGCGUUGAGGAGGACUUGUAUGUCCCCACAUCUGGGGACAGUGCUGCACAAAAAGGCGGAGCUGAAGAGGGGGGUGGGAUGGGCAGGGGGUGCACAGCGGGGAAGGGAGCAGUGGUUUAACUUGGCACUGUGACUACAGUGACUGAUGUGCUCAGUCUUUCUCUACAAGCCUCUCAGUGUUUCUCUUUUGUUCUGCUGACUUUCAUUUGAAGCAAUUUCCUAUUAUUUUUAUUAGCUUUUCGAUUUAGGGAAAUUGCAGUCUUUCCUCAUGCCCUCAUCAGGAAUGUUCUGCUGUGUGUGUUUAAAAGAAUAAGCUGACCAAGAAAAUCUGGGUGUUUAAAAAUGCCCUCCCCACCCUGCUGUCUACUUACCAAGGGCAAUGAACACCUGGAGCACUACAUAUUCAGUCUGUUGAGCUGGAUGGGAAGAGGGUCAGUUGGAAGAAACAGGUAUUGUAAACCAGAGUACACAGCUCCCUGACCCCUGGGGGUUUCCUGCAAUGUGCGGGGAUUACCACUAGCCUGCUGAGCCCGUGCCUCCUUGCCUGAACCCCAUUCAAGGAAACACAGGCUUAAAAGUACUGGUUUACCAGUACUUUAGAUGGUUGAUAAACCAACUUUCAUCAGCCAUCUUUUGAUGGCUGAUGAAAGUACAGGAGAGGACUGGGAUGGUGGUGUCACUUGAGUCAUUGACUUACUGUUGACCUACUCUUGAGCCUCUGUUUACGGCUGCCAUGAGACUCAUUAUUUACAAGGUAUAAGAGUUCUAGGGUGGAUUUGCCACGUCGUCUCUCAUGGUGUCCAAUCCCCUGUCUCCUUUCUGCCCUGAACCCUAUUCUGUUUUGAAGAAGAGACUGUUACCAAAGGUGUGUGAGAGGCAUGCAGUGCUGGCCAUCAGCUUCAGUCUGGAGAGAUCAUCCUUGAAUCCUGAUAGUUAUCGUCUUAAAUUCAUUUUGACAGGUUUUUCCCAGCCCUGUGAAGACUUGGUCCACCUGUAUCUUAACUUUCCUUAAAAAGGUUUGUGUACAAACCUUUUAUAAGUCCAUGUACAAAACUUUUAUAAGUCCAUGUAUUUUUCAGAACGCUAGCAAGAAGCUCCAUUCACAGUUUGAUGGUUCUCACCACCUUACAGAAUUAUGCAAAAGAACUCCAGAAAAGCCUCGGAGAGUGAGUCCCACUUGACCCUGUGACUGUGUGAUGCGCCGGGACAGUUUCAGCAGUUAUAAAGUUUUGCUGUUCCCACAUGCCCAGCUUUUUGAGUUUUCUAGGUGGAACUUUCUGGGUAUAUUCUUUUCCUGCCCACAGGUCACAGGUGUUUUGGUUAUUGUUGUUGUUGUUGUUGAUACUCAUAAGGAACUAAACUGGGCACCAGGAGAUGCCUUUGUGUGCUGGAGAGGUUGGCAAAGUCAGGUCUGAAAAAGAGCGUGUCUGGUCCUGGCCAUUCUCCCAGGAUGGGCGAGGACUGGCAGGGGCCUGAGGAGAACAGUGGCCCCUCUGUAUGACCGCCUGUCAGGAAAAGAUCAUGGAACUUGAAUAAAGUCUGUAAAUUCAGUAUGUGUUUAUGGGACAGAGGUUGGAAGGAAAGGACUAGGGCUGGAACACUUAAGAAUUUCUCCUUUUUCUUAUGAGGUCCCUUGCUGACUUUUCUAACAGCCACAGGGAAAUGUCAGAUUGAAAAUACGAACCCAUAUUUCCAGAUGGGCUCCUGAAUUCGCAAAGCCUCUACCUUGAGAGACUGGAACUCUUUUAACUGUGUUCACGGAGGGCUGCAAAUAAAGAAAUGUCUUAAUUCCAGCUUCAGCUUUCAGCUGGAAUGUUUGCCUCUGAUAAGGCGAGGACCUUGGAAGUGUAGAAACAAAGGUCUCUUUCUUCCAGGACUGCUGUUCCUCCUUCAAUCUGCAUCAGCUUGUCCGAGCUCAGAAUUCUAAAGGCUGCUGAAAAUGUGUUGGGAUUACAGCAGGAGCCGUUUUCUAGACCAUGGUGUCUCCAUCACAAAGAGGACCGCGGAUUCUUUCUGUGGCUGCUGGUCUGGGAAGUCCUUCAGGGAUCUGCAUGGAGCAGAUCUUCAUCCUGACGAAGGCGUGUCCUUCUGACACCUAGGCUAAGCUGUUAGGUGUGGUCCAAGUGGCUUGCUUCUCCUUCUGCUGUGGGUUUCAUCUUGGAUGUCAGCAUGAUUUCACAAGGCAUAUUUGGUCAGGAGUAAGAAAGCUUCCUGCCAGAUAAGCAGCGGAACCCAAGGACUGGCCUGUCCAGUCCUAUUGAGACACAGUGUGCUGACCCUGGGAUCAGGAGGCAGCUGGCAGUGUGACCACCUUUUUAAUGUAUGUGUUUGUGCUUCUAGUGGUUCCUCUUGCAUUCUGACUUUUCUCCAUCUAUUUUACGUUGUGAGGUGGGAGCACAGUUGUCACCCAGACCACGGGUCCAGCUAUAGUCAGUUUGCCACCUCCUUAGCAGGAAAUGCAUGUGGGUCUUCCUGGGUCUUCAGUGAAGAAAGGCUGGACUCAGACUUUUCCUCAUAGGAGAGAUUAUGGAUGCAAGCCAGACUAGAUCCGUUCUUUUCAGGAUGAGGCUGGUAUUAUAAGUGAUGAUUUUGAUGUUGAAUUUAAGCCACUACUCUUUUUUUUUUUUUUUGGCAACUGGAAGUUUAAGUAUAGAAACAGAACAUGUAUUUUUAACAAUUGCCAAUUCUGACUGGUCCCAGUCUUAUUUUAUUAGUGAUUGAUUUUGUGGUUAUUGGACUCAAAACUCCAAAAUGAAAAGUAUUGUAUAUCUUGCUCUUCAAGAAGAAAAAAACAAAUGCCUUUUAGUUUCUCCAUCCCUUUGAACUGCAACAGAGAAUUUGAUGGAUACAGCCUAGGCCUGAGCAGCUGCAGCUUUGGGUCUUUGGGCCAGUUUCUGACUGUGGCAGUUGAUUUUAGGGUAUCACAUAAGGUCAAACCCCAGAAAAUUGUAAGGAAAAGGCUGGACCUUUGCAGCACCUUUAGUUUCCAAAGUGAAAACAGCUUGGGUCUCUUUUUAUUAAAAUUACAAUGCUAAUUAUGACUUUAAAGUGUUUUUAGAGGUAAUCAGCAUUUUUCAAAUUGUGUAUUACUAUAAUGGCAAAGUUCUGUCUUGCGUUUGGAGAUGCUGGGAAGUAAGGUCAGUCAAACACUUUGACCUCAGAGUGUAAAUUCAUGUAUGUCAGGGAGGAAAGUUGUGUGAAGAGGUAGCCAAAGGAAACUUCUUCAGUAGUGCUGCUACAAAGCCAGUAUGUAAACACCAGGAGCCCAGGACUCUACACUGCUGAGAUGGGAGGGGGCAAGUGUUCUUCGCUAAGGAUCCUGGCAUCACGUUUAAUGGUGGUGUUUAAUUUGGAUUACAUUGAUGUAUGAGCUCAGCCAGAGACCUGACAGUUUUGACCAAGAUUUGGAAAGCAUGUGGGAAAGACUGUAUAUCCCUGGCCACUCUCUUCCGGGGUAGAUGUAGAGCUCAUUAGUUUGGGAAGUGGGUGGAGAGAGCAGGAGGACUGACUGAGAUCUGGUGAGCAUCGGGAAUGCUGGUUUCCUCCUCCCUUUGCCCGCAGUCACCCAUGUGAACCAUGUGAACCGUUUCCCCUCUCAUUGCCCACACAGACUGUUGGUUCUCCUGGUCUCCAUGUGGUACACAGCGUACUUUCUGCAGCCACUGCUCUGCUGCCUUGCAGAUUUCAUCCACAGGCUUGGUUGGUCACAAUUUAGUAAGGUUUUUUUCCCCCUGUUUUUAAUCUUCUAUUUCUCCCAUUUUGAAGCUGCCGUUAGUGACUAAGGACAGGGGAAUAGGAGGCUGACCCAGGGACACAUUCAGGUUUCCUACACGGCCUCUGAACGUGGCUCACUGCGUCCUGAGUUCACACUACUCAUGUGUAUGUGCUAUGUCGCCUCAGUUGUGUCCGACUCUUUGCAGUCCUAUGUAGCCCACCAGGCUCCUCUGUCCAUGGGAUUUACCAGGCAAGAAUACUGGAGUGGGUUGCCAUGUCCUCCUCCAGGGGAUCCUCCCAGCCUAGGAUCGGACCCAAGUCUCUCAAGUCUCCUGCAUUGGCAGUCAGGUUCUUCACCACACUAGCUCUGCCUGGUCUCACUGCCCAAUCCUCCAUAGCCAUCCACAGUCCAGAUUUUGCCGGGGGAGGGGGGGUGUCAUAGAGUGGGACAGCUAACUACACUGAUCUCUACAGGGUGUUACAGGUUCAUCACCCUACCUCCAGGGGACAGAAGAGAAAUACAAAGGAACAGAUGCACCAUCUUUAAAGAAAAAGGCCCUUUAUGUUUUGUUAUCAGGAGUCUCAUUUGUGAGGUCUGCUGAGCUUUCUUUCCCAGUCCUGUCUUCUUACUGGCUCCCUUUUAAUAUUGUAAAUAGUAAGGAAAAUGUUUUCACUCUGUAACUCAACACUAAUUGAGAAUCCUCUCUUGUUGAUUGUGGGCCUUCGGAAAUGUUUAAUGCUUGAUGGGUGGUUUGCAUGACAGGGACUUUUUUUUUUUUUAACACCUUUAUUGAGGCGUAUUAUCAUAAAGUUUGCCCAUUUUAAGUGUACAAGUCAGUGAUUUUAAUAACUUUCCUGAGUGGCACAGACAUACAAUUCUGUUUUAGAACCUUUCCAUCCCCUCAAUAAGAUCCUUCAUGUCUAUUUACGUGGUACCCAUGGUACUUGGAGAAGGCAAUGGCAGACCACUCCAGUACUCUUGCCUGGAGAAUCCCGUGGAUGAAGGAGCCUGGUGAGCUGCAGUCCAUGGGGUCGCUAAGAGUCAGACACGACUGAGCGACUUCACUGUGACUUUUCACUUUCAUGCAUUGGAGAAGGAAAUGGCAACCCACUCCAGUAUUCUUGUCUGGAGAAUCCCAGGGACAGCGAGCCUGAUGGGCUGCUGUCUAUGGGGUCGCACAGAAUUGGACAUGACUGAAGCGACUUAGCAGCAGCAGCAUGGUACUUGCCUAGCUCUAGGCGACCACUAAUCUAUUACUAUAAAUUUGCCUUUUCUGGACAUAAUCUCAAUGGAAUCAUACAACCUGGUCUCUUGUAUCUGGCUUUCUUCAUUUAGUGUAUUUUUGAGGUUAAUCCAUGACAUACAAUUUAUGUUACUGGUUUGUUCCUUAUUGCUAAAUCAUAUUCCAUUGAUGGAUAUACCACAUUUUGUCAGCAGGGAGUCUUACUAAACUUGGAUUUCAACUUCUUGGGGUCUAAAUGGAACCCUGAGAACACAGGACUCAUGGGGGAGCUGGUGUGCAUGUCAAAGGAACUGCUUAUCAGAACCAGCUCUGCCAUCAGAAGCUCCACGAGGAACCUGAACUGCUGCAGAAAUUUUUAUAAUUUUGCAUCUUAUUUCUUGUAUGACUUUCAUGCUGUCUAUGUCAGCAUAAUUAACAGCAUCUGAUAAUUAACAAGUUAAUGAGCAUGUGUUUGAGCGGAAAGAAAUGAAACUAUCAAUACUGCGUUGGAUAUGUUUUUCUCCUCACCUAGAGGGAAGAAUCUCUGAACUUUCUAAACAAUGUUAUUUCCAUUACAAAGCUGAACAUGUGUUAAGAUCAUGCUGCCUUUGUCGGAUCGAUUUAGAAGAGGACAGCCAGCAGAGGAGGUCACGAGAAAGGGAGUGGUGCAUCCCAGCGGGUCUGCGCGCAGCCUACGCAUCUGCUGGUGUGGACAGUGCCAGGGCAGCUCAGCACCUCCAGCAGGCCCAGGCCUGGACUUUGGACCUUUUCCCCUAUUUCUCAGGUGUUUAAAAGCUGUUUCUGUUCCUUUUUUUUCCCUAUGUAUACAUUACAUGGUAGUUGUUAACAGUUCUUUGUGGGAGGGGCAGAGCUUUAAAAUUGAAGAAAAUAAUUUUCAUAAACAUAUCAAAAAUGGAAAAAAGUUACUUUUUAAAAAAUUUGCUAUACAAAGUGGCAGCUGUUGAAAAUCUAUCUCAUUAAAAUGAGAAUAAAAUGCA